AGCUAGGGCAGGUUUUGUCGCCAGCAGCUGCCCUGAUUCGACCUCUCCAAAAAUAGACAUUUAACUCUUUGAACUCCUGUUUAAAGAUGUAAUUCGUUUCGCUCUCUCCUCAUUUUCAAGGUUCAAAGGGAGGCAGAGAGGAUUCCGAGGUCCCACCGCUCUCCCAGCCAAUGAGGAGCCUGAAAGGGAGGAGCCCGGGGCGGCUUGGUGCAGCUUGAGCUUCUGAGGGAUUCAUCCCCGUAGAUGCCGUGCAGCCUGAGCUCUGCUGCAUCUGUCACAGCAGAACAAAAUUAAAACAAAAACAAAAAACAAAAACCAGAAGAGGAGAAAUGCUGCAGACUAUGGAACGCUGUAGGACUUUCUGAAACAUUUGCUGGGGAUUCCCGUGGAGCAUGAUCUUUUAAAACCAAUUCUUUUUGAAGCCUGUUUGGGUAACUGGGAAAAUGACAAAUAUGCUAAAUGCAGCAGCUGAUCGGGUGAAAUGGACCAGAUCGAGUGCUGCUAAAAGGGCUGCCUGCCUGGUGGCUGCCGCAUAUGCUCUGAAAACACUCUAUCCCAUCAUUGGCAAGCGUUUAAAGCAAUCUGGCCACAGGAAGAAAAAAGAAGCAGUUUAUCCGGCCGCAGAGAACAGAGAAAUACUGCAUUGCACCGAGAACACUUGUAAAAAACCUUGUCCUGGAGUGAAUGCAGAUUUUUUCAAACAGCUACUAGAACUUCGGAAAAUUCUCUUUCCAAAACUUGUGACCACUGAAACAGGCUGGCUCUGCCUCCACUCGGUGGCUCUAAUCUCAAGAACCUUUCUGUCUAUCUAUGUGGCUGGUCUGGAUGGAAAAAUCGUGAAAAGCAUUGUGGAAAAGAAGCCUCGGACUUUCAUCAUCAAAUUAACCAAGUGGCUUAUGAUUGCCAUCCCUGCCACCUUUGUUAACAGUGCAAUCAGGUACCUGGAGUGCAAAUUGGCGUUGGCCUUCAGAACUCGCCUGGUGGACCAUGCCUAUGAAACCUAUUUUACAAAUCAGACUUAUUAUAAGGUGAUCAAUAUGGAUGGGAGGCUGGCAAACCCUGACCAAUCUCUUACUGAGGAUAUUAUGAUGUUCUCCCAGUCUGUGGCUCACUUAUAUUCCAAUCUGACCAAACCUAUUUUAGAUGUCAUCCUGACCUCCUAUACGCUGAUCCAGACUGCUACCUCCCGAGGAGCGAGCCCAAUUGGGCCCACCCUAUUAGCAGGACUUGUGGUAUAUGCCACUGCUAAAGUUUUGAAAGCCUGCUCUCCCAAAUUUGGUAAAUUGGUGGCUGAAGAAGCUCACAGAAAAGGCUAUUUGCGGUAUGUGCACUCCAGAAUUAUAGCCAAUGUCGAAGAAAUUGCCUUUUACAGAGGACAUAAGGUAGAAAUGAAGCAACUCCAGAAAAGUUACAAAGCUUUAGCAGAUCAAAUGAACCUCAUUUUAUCCAAACGUUUGUGGUACAUCAUGAUAGAGCAAUUCUUGAUGAAGUAUGUUUGGAGCAGCAGUGGACUAAUUAUGGUGGCUGUACCUAUUAUCACUGCAACUGGCUUUGCAGAUGGUGAAGAUGGCCAAAAACAAGCUAUGGUUAGUGAACGGACAGAAGCCUUUACCACUGCUCGAAAUUUAUUGGCCUCUGGAGCCGAUGCUAUUGAACGGAUUAUGUCUUCAUACAAAGAGAUCACAGAAUUAGCGGGCUAUACUGCUCGAGUGUACAAUAUGUUUUGGGUCUUUGAUGAAGUGAAAAGAGGCAUUUAUAAGAGAGCUGCUCUCAUGCAAGAGUCUGAAAGCCACAGCAGGAAUGGAGCUGACAUAGAAUUACCCCUCAGUGACGCACUGGAGAUCAAAGGAAGAGUUAUUGAUGUGGAUCAUGGAAUUAUUUGUGAAAAUGUUCCCAUAAUUACACCAACGGGAGAAGUGGUGGCUUCCAGGCUAAACUUCAAAGUACAAGAAGGAAUGCAUCUUUUGAUAACUGGUCCUAAUGGUUGUGGGAAAAGUUCUCUCUUCAGAAUUUUAAGUGGGCUCUGGCCUGUGUAUGAAGGAGUCCUCUACAAACCACCUCCCCAACAUAUGUUCUAUAUUCCACAAAGGCCAUACAUGUCUCUUGGAAGUCUUCGCGAUCAAGUCAUCUAUCCUGAUUCAGUGGAUGACAUGCAUGAUAAAGGCUAUACAGACCACGAUCUGGAAUGUAUUCUACACAAUGUCCACCUCUAUCACAUAGUUCAAAGAGAAGGAGGAUGGGAUGCUGUUAUGGAUUGGAAAGAUGUUCUGUCAGGAGGGGAAAAGCAAAGAAUGGGCAUGGCUCGCAUGUUUUAUCAUAGACCAAAAUACGCAUUGCUGGAUGAAUGUACCAGUGCUGUCAGCAUUGAUGUUGAAGGAAAGAUAUUUCAGGCUGCAAAAGGGGCUGGGAUUUCCCUACUAUCUAUAACACACAGGCCUUCUCUGUGGAAAUACCACACUCAUUUAUUACAGUUUGAUGGUGAAGGAGGUUGGCGCUUUGAACAAUUGGAUACUGCUAUCCGUUUAACACUGAGUGAAGAAAAACAAAAGCUAGAAUCUCAGCUAGCUGGAAUUCCCAAAAUGCAACAGAGACUCAAUGAACUAUGUAAAAUUUUGGGAGAAGACUCAGUGCUGAAAACAAUAAAAAAUGAAGAUGAGACAUCCUAAUUUGUUUUGACAUGUUUUAAAAGUUACUUUUUAGGUAAAGACUCAAAGACAGUCUGUUACAGUGCAUGCAUUGUGUUUAAGCUAAGCACAAAGAAUAUAAGGAAGUAAGAAGUGUUUUAUAAAAUUUUAGCAUCAAGGAAAUAUAUGAUCUGACUUUUCAGAAGAAAAUAAACAAAUGCGUUAUGUGAAAUUAGUCAUUUUGGCUUAUACUAAUUCCUAGUGAAAGCCUAAUUCACCUGUCAAACAGGGUUUUCUAGGUGAAUUUAUGAAGAACACCAGAUUUACUAUGUGUAUGUGAUGUGCCUGAAGUUCUUAACAAACAUGGAAGAUAUCUUGAGGAUGGAACAACUUAAGAACAGUAUAUGGUUUGAAACCAGGUACAUAAAAUUAGAAGUUUGAGUAACGUUUCAGUCCACUUAUGGUUAUCAGGUUUAAUCGGUAGAAUUCAUGUUCAUCAUUACUCGUGAUCAACUAAACCCUGUAUACAAAAUAGCUGACAGUUUGAUAAAUAAUUUCAAUAUGAAAAAAAUUAUUUUAAUGGCAGUGGUUGAAAGAAGCAUGGCUAAACAUGUAUAAAAUGCCAUAUUUUUAAAUUUUAGAUUUUGAGCAUCUUACUAUGGGCACAUAACAAAUUAGUUUUAAUGAGAAUCUUACAUAUUUGUUAAUAAAGUCAUUCAUUUUAAGAUGAGAAUUGCCAAUACAGAAAAGGAGUAUCCAAACAAUGUAUGUCUCAGCCUGUUACUUUGCUUGGCAGCAUUAUCUACUGCAACUUCUGUCCAGAAAUACUCAGCUUGUUUUUGUGCUCAAAGGAGGAGUCCACCACAUUUUUAAAUAGCAGUGCUAUAAUAGAAUAUAAGGAUUCUCAAAAUCACAGCAGUAACAACAUACAAUGAAAAAGCACUUUAUAAUUUACAAUCCUCAUUUAUAUAAUUUCAUUUUAAUUCUUAUGGCAAUCUUUUGAGGCAACUAUUAUUUACCUCAUUCACUUUUGAGAAAAUUGACACUCAGACUUGCCUUAAUUAUGCAAUUUAUUUAGGGACAGAUCCAAGGAUCAAAUGAAGUUCUCCUGAUUCCUUGAUCCAGUGCUAUUUCUAUUUUCCACUAUCAUCCUCAAAAUCUAACUGGGCUAUAACUUCAAUAAAAGUUAAAUGAGACAUUGAAAAGAAAACAGAUUUGGUAAUAUUAGUGGUAUUAUUAUUUGGUUGUUUACAAGAUGUGGAAAUAGAAAUACAAAGUGGGAAAAAAAGGUCACUGGGCUGUGGUUUAAAAUGAGCCAAGAAAGCAAAUUUUUCAGCAACUAUGCACUCAUACUCAAUAUUAACGUACCUCUACAGCCAGCAAUCAAAGGGGAAAUUCAUUGUGUUAUAGGUAAAUUUAAUAUUUAGUGAACAUAAUGAGAAAGAAUCUGCAUGGAAUAGUCCAUAUAAAAUAAAUCUUACCUAUUUGUGUGCCCUGACGUUGGAAGUGCACAAGCCAGACCUGGCAUUUUAAUCUCCUACUGCCUAUGCCAUCAUGUUGAUAGGCCAGAAAAAAUGAGAAUGAUCAGUUGUGAGUAGUUUGGGGAUUUAUUUACAUAUUUAGACACAAUCAUAAUCAAUGCUAAGUCAGCGAUUCCCAGACUUUCUCAGGAGGUAGAGUACCUGGAAGUCAUUCAUGAUGACUGUAGUUGAACAGCAUGACAUUUUCACAUUCUCAAUUCUGCCAUGCUAAUUAAGACAUUGUUAGUUAUGGAUAAAUGUAACCAUCUUAUAUGAAGGAAUGCAGUAUAAAAUCAUAAUCAGUACAUCUGUCUAGGUUUUUCUGUUAGUAUCUUUAGGUAUUCAUAUCAUUUGUCAGGUACUGCUACUUCCUAUUAGAAAAGUGAGGCAGGUAUCAAAGGUUUAAAAAAAUUCACAGAGCCAAAACUUAAACUUGAUAACAAUCAUCCAUUAAUCUUAACUUCUAUAUUAGCAGUUAUCUAGUUUCUACUGCUGUAGGGAACAGUCUGAGGCAAGUGUCUUAAGUUAACUUUUCAAGGUACAAGAAGAAAAUGAAAAGUCCUCAUUUCAAACGUGCAUAAUUUCCAUGCCUUAAUUCACAAUUUGAAAAAUAAAGCAUUUAGGACAUGAUAUACUGUGUUUUGAAACCUAGAAAUGAAUGCCAAAACAAAUAUUAGAUUUGUAAUUAUCCCUUAUUUGAUACAUCCUACCAGUGAGUUGAAGUAAAUAAGAUUCAUUAUUUAUAAUGUACAGGAUUCGAGGAUGUUUAAAAUUCUGUACUAAAACUGUACACAUUGUAAUUUAAAUGUUACAGUUCUAAGAAAAACAUGUUUUACAUGAGCUUUUUUUGUGCCUAUUUAUUUUCUGAAUUUUCAUCAAGGACCAAUAUCCUCUAACUUGGAGGGGAAAAAAUCUGUGAUUUGAAUUUGUACUGAUGUACCAUUUAACUAAUUCCAAAAUGGUCCAAUGAGUAUACCAUAUUUUACAAUUCUUAUAUUCUACAAAAAACGUGAACAAGAUUGAGAAAUUAAAGAGGGUGGAUGCGGAAAGGAAAAAGAAAAUAUUUCAAUUUUCAAAGUACUUUUACCAUGUAUUUACCAUCUAUUUGCCCAUACUUUUGACUUCUGGGAUUUUGGUGUUUUGUCAAAGUAAGCUGUAAGUUUAAUGGAGCUUAGAUUUGUAAAUGGGCGUUUUUGGCUAACUUUUGAAGUUGGAAAAUAAGUUGCAUUCCAUGAAAAUGUUGCAUUUUAUUUCUCCAGCAUGUAGUGUUAGGCCAAGCAUGAUUCUAAAAUAGUGUGUGUUCUGGUAAACACAAUAAUGUUUAAAAAAUCCCUCUCCAGGAAUCUCAAGGAAAAUGAUAUAUCCUGAUAUUCAACUCAAGUUUACAUUUGUUUCUAAUAGGAAUGGUUUUCCCUUGACAGUAAUUUGGGUUUUGUGUCAAACUUUGCUCUGCCAGUAAAGGUAUAAAUGAAUAUGUUAGUUUUUUAUUGGUCCCAAGUAUAAUUUCAUAUUUGGCAAUAGGCUUAGCCUAUUAAAAUCUGUUUGGAAUAAUUUUUUGAUUCCAUAAGCCUAGAAAAAUUUGUUACACACUGGAACCUAAAUCCGGAGAAUGUUACACACUUCUGAGAUGCAGAGAAAAUGGUAAUGAUUAUUAAACCAUUGAUUAAAAGAGAUAACUUUGAUAGAAUUACUUUAUGGGCAAAGAGUAUUCUCAUUUAGAAAUGUACAAUACUUUCAUAUAACCCAGGGUAUUGACAUUUCUGCCGAUAUACCUUUAGGUAUGUCAAAUAUGUUUUAGAGUUGCACUUGUCAUGUUUGCCACAUGAGAACUUUCAGAUGGAUGUAUAAAAUAUUUUUAUUAAAAGCAAAUCCCUUCUU